UUGAUCCAGUCCUAUUGACACAAAUCGACCCCACUCGAGACACACUCUGCCCUUAGCACAUGAUUUACAGUACUACUCCCCUUUAAGAAAACAAACAAUAACAGAUCGUAACAUUUCAGACAUGAACUGACAGUAGACUUAAUGCCACCAUCUGUACUUGUGUUUUUCUGGAUCUUCUAAUCUGUUAAACAUAUGGACCAAUCAAAACACUACUUCAUUAUGGCAAUGAUUUGAACGACCAAUCAACAUUAAGAUCACUCCCCCAUUUAUGAAGAUGUCACUUUGAUCUUGAGAAUUGAAAAAAAAUCAAAGAAAAAAACUCGUACAAAUUUGCAUUGCACAACAAAGUCGUGACAGAUACUGUGACAUCCCUCGUUUUAGUUUUCAUUUGGUAACAUUGGUGAUUAGUUGGUGUGGUGUUUUUAAAAGAACAAAUAUUUACCAAAAUGCAAACAAAUUUAGAAGAAUUUUUAUUUUGUGAAACUUCAUUGGAAUCGUAUUCAGCAAAUCGUAAUAAUUUUGAAACGCAAUGCCACAAUAAUUAUGACAAUCAAAUCAUAAACUCCAGCACAGAUCAAAAUACAUAUCGUGAAAUGCACAACUUUUAUUUGAAUCAAUUCAAUCAAAGUUUUAUUGGAACAGCAACGCAGUGUGUUACUUCGUCAUCGGAUAUGCCAGAGAAUUGUGGAAGUAAUUCCUACCCAUAUUCAUACAAUCAAAAUUAUUCACAGUUUGAAGGAAAUUUUUUAUCACCAUCCGCUCAUCAAUAUUGGAGAACUGAGAAUAGUGAUAAUCAAAAGACAACAUCUUGUCCCGAGGAGCUGAAAUCUAAUGAAAAAAUAGCAAGCCCAACGGAUUCAAGGCAAAUUUUACAAAUUACAAACACACUGCUACCGCCAACUGUAUCAUCUAGCCGCAAGGAGCGAACAGCAUUUACCAAGGAACAAAUAAAAUCAUUAGAAAAAGAGUUUCAGCAUGCCAACUAUCUGACACGUUUACGAAGAUAUGAAAUUGCCGUGGCCUUAGAUUUAACAGAAAGACAGGUAAAGGUGUGGUUUCAAAAUCGUCGCAUGAAAUACAAACGUUUAAAAAUGGAUGCUGCAGCCAAUAAUUAGUUUCAUAUGAAUUUAAGUAAUGACAAAUUCUAUUGUACAUUUAUGUAAAAUAUAUAUAAAUAAGUUUCUGAAAAUUUAAAUAAUAAUAUU